AUGGAGAGACUACUUAUGUGCCUUGGGAUAAUUUUGAUACCAGCAGCCUCAGCCAGUUUCAGGUGCAGUCAGAGAAAAUUGGUGGCAGCAGUGGGAUCAGAUAUUCUAUUACCCUGCAACCUUUCAACCCCUCUCAAUAGGACUGGAUUAGAAAUACGCUGGUUCUACAAUCUCUUUCAUAGCCUAGUAUUUCUGAUGAGGAAGGAAGGGAAGAAAGACAGGAUCAGAUUGCAGAGGUUUCGUGGGAGAGCAUUUCUCAGGGACGGCCCAGAGACCUGGGAGACCUGGCGCUCUCAUUGCUCAACCGUCCGUCUCUCUGAUGCUGGAGCAUUUCACUGCUUUGUGGAGGAUGUCAGCAAUCAAAUCUAUGAAGAAGGCAGUUGUGAAUCUCAGCAUUGUGGGGUCAUUUUUACUGUGGAGUUGAAACAUAGUCUGUCUGGUCUAGAAACUGGCGCCUACAUAAUUGUCUCAGAAGCCUUGUUCCCACGUGUUUCGCUUUGGAUGAUUUCAUUCAUCUUGCUUCUGAUAAUUUUGGUCUCUCUCUUAGCUGUGGCAUCCUGGGCCUAUUGUAGAUUUAAAAGAGAAAAAGAAAGAGAUCUAAGAAUAAAGAACAAUCAGCUGGAUCUUCUGAGACGAGAAAUUGAAUGGAGAAAAGUUUCUGUUUACAAAGAAUCCAUUUUCUUUGACCCACUCACAGCAUUUCACGGACUCCUCAUCUCACCUGACCGUCGUGUCAUUUCUACCACUGACAUUGAACAAAAUCUCCCAGAAAACCCUGAGAGGUUUGAUACUGAACCUUGUGUACUUGGUAGCAACAGCUUUUCCUCUGGCUGUCAUUACUGGGAGACUGAGAUUCAGGAACGAGAUGGACAGUUCUGGUCUUUGGGGAUCGCAAGGCAAUCUGUGAGACGCAUGGGUGGCCAGAGAGAGAGCCCUGAAUCUGGCAUCUGGGCUAUUAGAGGAACUGCAGAUGGUUUAUUUGGGCUUUCUGAACCUCAGAAACUCAUUAAUUGCACCAAUAGGCUGAAUAAAGUGGGGACCUUCCUGGACUAUGAAAGAGAAACCCUCUCAUUUUACGAUGUAGAGACAUUUGAAUGCCUUUUUCAAUACACACAGCAAUUUACUGAGCCAGUCUACCCAUAUUAUUAUGUAGGACCUGGUAUGUCAUUUGUUCUAAAUUCUCAAAGUCACAGAUAGACUUAGCAACUGUCCGGCGGCUCACAUGAUGCAGAAUUGCCAAUCAAAAUUGCUGGUUUACAUCUUUUUAGACAGUGGUAAAUUAUGUGACAUUUUGAAAACUCCAUUUCUACUGAAACGGUAUUGACUCAAACAGAAUUAAGGAAUGGAGUGUAUGAGCAAUGGUGGUUUGAUCAAACAGCAUCUUAAGUACAAUACAAUCCAUAACAGAUAUGUAUACACCCAUAUCAAUGUUAAACUGUUUUCAGGUACAUGUAACUUUAGAGGAGAUUAAGUAUUUUUGUUGUGUUAAAAAAUGUAUUUGUCAAUAUAAAGAGAUUAUGAAAUUGGG